AUGUUUGACAUGAAACAAGCUCUGGAUAAGUUCAAGACAGCACUGUCCCCCGAGGCAGUUCCCAGCCGUUCUUCCACGCCCUCUUCGAGUAGUUUGAACAGAUCAAGCAGGAAGACCUCGAGAGAUAGAAAUAUUAGUGUCAAUGGAUCCUUGUUGUUUGAGGAAGAUGAUGUAUUGCCAACAGUUAAAUUGACUGGGUACCUGCCAACAACGAAAAAUCGGCUUAUUAGGCCAGAUAUGUGUGAUCAAUUGCGUUCAUUGAUGCCUACAAGAGUGCAAUUAUACACUGAGUGGGAAUUACUAUACAGUCUCGAGCAACAUGGUUCUUCACUAAAAUCAUUGUACGAUCAUGUGUCGCCACAGAGUACGACACCGAUGAGAGUCGGUUAUGUGAUUGUAAUCAAGGACCGCAAGAACGGAAUAUUCGGAGGUUAUACAAAUGAGCCAUUCCACCCUACCGAAAACAGGCGAUAUUAUGGUAACGGAGAGUGUUUUCUUUGGAGACUGGACAAAGUUCCACAUUUAACAAUCUGUGAUGGUGGUAAACGCAGUGACAGUCAUAUAAAACAGAACCAAGAAGAACAUGUAUGGCAGUUUCGUGGUUAUCCAUACACUGGGCUUAACGAAUUUGCCAUUUAUUGCCAAUCUGGAUUCCUUUCCAUGGGCGCCGGAGAUGGACAUUAUGGAUUAUGGAUCGAUGACGGAUUGAUGCAGGGUGUCUCGUAUCCUAGUCUCACCUUUGGCAAUGAUGUUCUCAGCAAAGAGGGCGAAAAAUUCCAUAUUGUAGCUUUGGAAGUAUGGCGAGUGGGCUAG